AUGCGACACUGGACAUUUCACUGCUUGCGGACUGUUCGUCAGUGCUCAGUGAAAGUUGGUAGUGCUUACUGGGGUCCACGCAGCGUCCAAUUCCGUCACGCUAAAUUACCUCCCCACGAUGCAGGUAACGCUCAUGCCACUUCAGGUAUGGCGACGGUACAGGAGGUUGAAAGUGGUGCACCCCGAAAGUACGGAGUUGUGGGGAUGCCUCACGCUCCUCCCGUUGAAAGCCAUGAAAGUAACGCGUCGAGUGACACACAUUCUUUCGUAACCGAUGGUAUUGUGAGUGUGUCAUGCAGAGGUUUGCAUGCAAACAAUGAUUUUCACACUGAGCUGCGUUGUGAGGACCCUCACCAGCCCACCAACAGUGAGGACCGAGUGUUUGAUACUUCAACUAUGAAGAGUGACGUCCCCGCCGCUGUGGCAAAGGUAGCGACAUGCGGCGAGAAUGGCAUCAGCGUUGAGGGUGGAACGCAACUUGGCGUGCGUGACACCAAUCCACAUCCAUUAUUGGCUUCGGGUAGUAAUGACUCAGAAACUUCUCUGGAGGUAAAGCGUGCAAUGGGGCCAUCUCCUUCGAAGAUUCCCUCACUAUGUCAGGGCAAUUGCCAACACAGUGACACACGCACAACUGGUCUUCCAAUGCGGUCUGUGAGUGGACAAGGCUCACCAACUGAUGCCGAUCGCGGCGAAGCCUCAACAUUCAGCACAGAGGAAAAAACAACUGACCACGGCUCCUUGAGUGAUGUGGGCAGUGAAAAAGAAAAUUUCGUUGUGCGCGAUCACAUGCGAAAUACUGUCCCUGUACAGCGCCUUCUCUCUUUCGAGGAUCUCGCCAACAAGUUGCCUCCGUGGUUACGGCACGGACUUAUGCGAUCCGGGUAUAUUGCACCAAGUCUUGUGCAGUCUGUGGCGAUUCCUUUGUUUAUGGCAAAACACGACGUUGUUGGGGUUGCGCCAACCGGGAGUGGAAAAACUGUAGCGUUCGCGCUUCCUGCGCUUGCAGCCCUCGCCAGGCGGCUGGAGAGUGACCAUGUUGAAAAUAGCGCAAGUACUGAGGCCAGCGGAGAUCCAUCGGAGGAGUCUGGGAGGGUGCGGGCGGUGCCGCAUGUGCUGGUUCUGUGCCCCACUAGAGAAUUAGUGCAACAAACGCGUCGGGUUUUUUCCCUGUUGUCGGAAAAUGCAGUGCGCAUAGCUGGUAUGUACGGAGGACAGGAUCGGGAGCAACAACUGGAAUAUGUGCGGCACAUGGGGGGAUGCGACGUACUGGUGGCGACCCCGGGCCGGCUUUGUGACUUUGUUGAGGCCCGAGAAGUCAGCCUGAAGGCGGUGAGCUUUCUUAUUAUGGACGAAGCAGACCGAAUGUUGGAGCUUGGUUUUGCACCGCAGUUGGAGUUUCUGAUGUCAGAUAUUAAGAGGUAUCGACGAAGCCGGCAGACAACGAUGUGGACGGCCACAUGGAAUGCCACCGUUGGGGGACUGGCCACGCGGUUUAUGCAACCUGAGCGGCUUUUGCUAGAAGUAGACCGUGAGCAUAAGGUUAACUCGAAUGUUACGCAAAGAAUGUACGCUUUGUCCGACCCUUCUCAACGGUUACAGGCAAUUGUUAAGCUUUACGAUGAUGGCGUGAUUAACCGAAGGCAACAGGUUCUUAUUUUUGCCAACCGGAAAGAGGAGGUGGAGUGGUUGGCGAGUGAACUCUCACGUGCGUUGCGAGCACCACCAAAUAUGCUUCAGUUUCUGCAUGGUGGUAUGCGGCAGAAGCGCCGUGAGGCGAUGAUACGAGGCUUCAGCUGCAACGAAGUCCGUGUACUUUGCGCCACUGAUGUUGCUGCCCGCGGCAUUGACGUUCCUGGUCUUUCACACGUGAUCAACUAUGACCUCCCAGCUCAUGUCGAUGCGUACGUACAUCGCAUUGGGCGGACGGGAAGAGCCGGCCGAACCGGGACAGCGCACACGUUUGUUACCGCAGGUGACCCAAACGCACCGAUUAUCGCACGUUUCAUUGUGCAGCAGCAACAGGGGGCGGCACUACCUGAUGACGUACUUUCAAUAGUGCAAGAUGUGGAACGAUGUGGGACAGCGCCUUCCCGCCAGCGAUAUAAAUUUCACUCGACUGUGGCAGGAAAGGAUUGGCGGGUACCAGCCAAUGAAAAGCAAACGCAGACACAGGGUAGUCGCUACGUUCGAGGAGUUGGUCUCGUUACAACGCUCAAGCGACCAGCGACCCGUAAAUAA